CUGAUAUUGUUAUUUCAGUUUGUAAGUUUCUCUCUUCUGAUAUUGUUAUUUCAGUUUGUAAGUUGCUCUCAUCUGAUGUUGUUAUUUCAGUUUGUAAGUUGCUCUAAUCUGGCAUUGUUAUUCCACGUUGUCUCUCUUCUGAUAUUGUUAUUUCAGUUUGUAAGUUGUUCUCUUCUGAUAUUGUUAUUUCAUUUUGUAAGUUGCUCUUAUCUGGCAUUGUUAUUUCACGUUGUGUGUAAAUUUCUUCUAAUAUUGUUAUUACAGUUUGUAAGUUUCUCUCUUCUGAUAUUGUUAUUUCAGUUUGUAAGUUGUUCUCUUCUGAUAUUGUUAUUUCAUUUUGUACGUUGCUCUCAUCUGGCAUUGUUAUUUCACGUUGUGUGUAAAUUUCUUCUAAUAUUGUUAUUACAGUUUGUAAGUUGCUCUCUUCUGAUAUUGUUAUUUCAGUUUGUAAGUUGCUCUCAUCUGAUGUUGUUAUUACAGUUUGUAAGUUGUUCUCUUCUGAUAUUGUUAUUUCAGUUUUUAAUUCUUCUGAUAUUGUUAUUUCAGUUUGUAAGUUGUUCUCUUUUGAUGUUGUUAUUUCAGUUUGUAAGUUGUUCUCUUCUGAUAUUGUUAUUUCAUUUUGUAAGUUGCUCUCAUCUGGCAUUGUUAUAUCACGUUGUGUGUAAAUUUCUUCUGAUAUUGUUAUUACAGUUUGUAAGUUGCUCUCUUCUGAUAUUGUUAUUUCAGUUUGUAAGUUGUUCUCUCUUGAUAUUGUUAUUUCUCGUUGUAAUUGAUCAGUGA